AUGACAGAGUUGUACUUUCUACGUCACGGGGAGCGAAUAGACCAUGCUUUACAAAGAGACCCACAAGCUAAGCCAAUAAUAGAAGAAUACCACGCAUAUGACCCUUCAUUAGCAACAACUGCUAUACCGCAAUUACAACUGGUUGUUCAAGACAUUUCUUCUACUACUGAAGCAUUUCAAGAUAAAGAAUCAUCACUACGGAAGAAUGUAUAUAUCCACUUCAGUCCGUAUUUAAGAUGUUGUCAAACUGCGGACAUAUUAAUCACCGAGUUGAAGGCAAAGUUUGCAGAACAGUUUCCCAAUUACAAGGUGAGGUUUCAGUUACUAGGAGAUUUUGCUUUGAGUGAAUGGGUCCAUGAUAAGAUGGCAAAUAAACCACCAUUUGUCGAUUCGAAUGAUGCUUAUAAUAUGUACACGCCCAAUUUGAAAACGUUGAAGAACAAAAACGCUUGUUCGAAUUUUAGACCAACAGUGACUUUGGGUCAGUACAAUGGGCCUAAUCUAACCUACAAAGAAUACCAAGCAAGGUGCAAGGAAUAUUUCCAGAAAUUAUUGGCAACUUAUGAUAAACAAUCUUAUAUCAAAAACAAGGAUAUUAUAAUUGUUGUGUCACAUGGGUACUUAAUCAACAAUCUAAUGUCGUAUUUUAUUAAUCACCCCAUUUUUGAAGAGAUUCCAGAGGCAAAAAUUAAUCUAGCUAGGAGAAUGAAACGGGAGGAAGUACUGGGUGAAGAAUUUGAUCCGCAGAAUUAUUGUUGGAAACUAGUCAAGGAUGCUCUUGGUAUUGCAAGAGAAGGGGUUGAUACUACAUUGAAUUUAGAAACGGACAUUGUAUAUUACAAAACAAACUUUAUCAAAAAGGAUGAUCUUAUUGAUAAACCAAAGGAGGCAGAUAUCAAAGAUGAAUAUAAACCAAGAGCUUCAUUCAAGAUUGAAUCCACCUCAGCGUCAAGAAGCGUUAAUGGACUACCCCCAGCAAGACACAAUUACCUUUGUCCAGCAGCAAAGGAUUGGGUACCCGAUCAGAAGCAUUUUAAAAUCAGGUCUGAGUUUAAGGAAAAGAUGAUGAAUUGUGAAGCAUUCAAAAAAGGGUUUGCAAUCACUAAUCCCCCUUCAAGAAGAGUUAGUCCCGAUGUUUCUCCCAAUUCGGCGCCUACAAAAUCCAACUCAGUCAUCGAUUUAUCCAAGAUUUUGAGCAAUGAAUCAGUACAACCGAUCAAGCUUCGGUAUUCCAACACUUCAGAAAUACCCAUUCACAAACUUAACUCGAGAGUCAACUCACAAGUGAAUUUACAGCAGUACAACCGCCCCACAUCAUCAGCAGAGAAUUCCACCACUGACCUUCCAAAAUAUGUUUCGUCUCAACUUCAAAAUAGAAGCAGGUCAAGUUCCAAUCCAAACUCAUCAGUAUUUGUGGCGCAUCAUACCAAGGACUCUUACUUUCCUCAGGUCAUUAACCGAGUUAGGUCCAAUGAAUCAGACAUGUCAAUUGACUCAAUCAGUGAUCAAAGUGUUGAUGAAUUGGAUAUUAUCAAGGAGCAUCAUGAACCACCUAGUGCUGCAGCGGUGGCGGCAGCAGCAGCAGCAGCAAACCGGUCAUCGCCAAUCGAAACUUUGAAUCGGGCUCGAUCAUUAAACAAAAAGAGAAUCAAUAACCCACUAUUCUUGUCUUAUCAACAAAAGAAGUCACAAAAUCAAUUACCACAAAGUUUCACCAUGCAAUCUGACUCUGCCAACAACAGUAACGAAAAUAGUGGAGAUGAUGAAUAUGAAGGUUCAGACUCAGGUUCAGAUGAAGAAGAGAUGAGCAAUACUGGAGUGAGACCACUUUCGUUAUCAUUCAAGAACAAACAAGGUAAACCUUCUGUUAAUUCACCACCGAGGAAACCUAGAAAGAACUCGAUACAGUUCUACUCAACUUUAUCAAAUGGACAAGAACAGAAGCAAGAUGGCGAUGCAAAACCAGCAAGACCUUUUUUUUACAAUUUUGAAACCGAUGGUGAUGAUAGUGAUUGUGGAGAUGAUUAUCCUAUGAAAUCGUCCAAGGAAAAAGAAAAUGAUUCAAGCAGUAAUGACGGGUUUUGGUUUGGGAAAAAUAAGUAA